GGGCUGCCGAGGGGGGUAAGAGCACCCUUGUGAAGCAGAUGAAAAUCAUCCACCAUGAUGGAUUCUCUUACGAGGAGCUGAUAUCCUUUAGGCCGGCAGUUUUAGAGAACCUUGUGAGCUCCAUGAAGUUUGUAUUAAGUGGCAUGGGAUUGCUCAGGAUUAAUUUAGAGAAAUCCAACAACAAGGCCUAUGUCCACUGUAUUUUAUCCAACCAGUGUUGCUACGAUGAGGAGAACCUCAUGCUGGCACACGUUUACGAGGCUUUACGUAAUCUGUGGAGAGACAGAGGUGUCCGCUCGGCUGUGGCUCGGGGAUAUGAGUAUGAGCUGAACGACUCUGCUAUUUAUUAUUUUGAAAAUCUGGAGAGGAUAUGCUCCCUGAAGUACCUUCCAACACCAACGGAUGUGUUGAGAGCUAGAGUACGAACAGUUGGAGUCAUUGAGACCUGGUUCAAAGUUCACAACGUAAUGAUCAGAAUGUACGAUGUUGGAGGUCAGAGGUCGGAGAGGCGAAAGUGGAUCCAUUGUUUUGACAAUGUGAAAUGCGUUCUUUUUGUAGUUGCCAUCAGUGCAUAUGACAUGUGCCUUAUUGAGGACCCUAGUAUGAAUCGUCUGGAAGAAAGCUUGAAACUCUUCAGUCAGAUAUGCAAUAAUAGAUUUUUUGUGAGCAGUACCAUGAUCCUAUUUUUAAACAAAUUGGACCUUUUUCAAGACAAAGUGAAGUAUUCAAAACGGCACCUGCGAUAUUUCUUCCCCGAUUUUCCAGGACCAGAUAAAGAUGUUGAUGCUGCAGCCAAGUAUAUCCAGCACCUGUUUCUGACGCAGGUGUCCAGCCCAUCCAAGAUUGUGUACCCUCACUUCACCACCGCCACUGACACCACCAACAUCCAGGUCGUCUUUCAGGUUCUCAUGGACUCCAUUCUCAGACACAACUUGAAAGCAGCGAAUCUUUUGUAG